AUGAAAGAAAUCUUUUUGAUAUUCCUACUCGCUUGGUCGAUCGAUAGCUACAAAAACUGCGAUUUCGACAAAGAUGAUUGUGGUUUUGAGUUUGAGGAACCGUGGUUUAUUACGGAUCGUAUCUACAUCCCGAACGUUUUCAACGGUCCACCAAUGCAAUUAGUGAGCAAAAACACUCGCUUCGUGGCAGCUCAGGGGAAAUUCGGUGGUGAACCGAAUGGAAAUCUUUCGAGUAUUUUGUGGGGAUUAGGUGAAAUGCCAUCAAAGAUCAAAUUCCUCUUCUCAAAAUCGACUCAUUCCACGAAGUUGAACGUGAUCCUCUCGUCACAAUACGAAACACGAUGCAUUGACUCGAUAACUGGUGUCGGUUUAUUGCAAUGGAAUCCGAGAAUCGUCGAGAUUCCACCAGUUUCCGGGACUUCACAGAUCAUUUUCCAAGUGACCGGCAUACGAAAUUCGUUCGACGUCAUCGCUCUAGACAAUCUUCAAUUCGAAUUCGCCCAUCAGGGACAAAAAGCUGGUCCAGAGUUCUUAUUUAGCAAUGAUCGGGAAUCCUCCGAGCCGUGGGUGAUCGUUCGUGGCCGGGCACUUCUCGAGGGGAAACAACGAGCGAAACUCGUCUCUCCGCCUGUUCUCCUCCCACAUCGAUCACACUUGCAAAUGGAGGUUUUGAUCAGUGAGAGCGCUCAAAUCACGGUGAUCGGCUCAAAUGAUGGGGGUGAAGAAGAGCUAUGGAAGGGUGAUGGGAGAGCGAUGGAAAUCGGAUGGAAUACGGUUAGGAUACCGAUCAGACACUCAACAUUGCCCACAAGGAUCACAAUCCAGGCACAAAGCGAUCGGGGUCAAGUCGCCGUGUCGCACACGAAAAUCGUCGACGCGAAUGGGAGGGAAAUGUUUUGUGAAGCCACAACACCGGCCAUUCGUCCACUUCAAUCCGAGGUUGUCCAACGCUUGACCGCUCUACAACAACUCGAUGAUCUACCGUACUUACCACCGUUUCCACAUCGAACUUUUGCCGCCAAUAGCAUGCCCUUCGUGCCGAACACAGUACCAUUUCCACAAUUUGGGGCACUACCAAUCUCUCCAGCCGUCGUCAAUAUGAAUCGAGGGAUGUUCAAUAUCCCAUCAGCCCCUAUUUUCUUCCCACCGCCAACCACUCUUGGCCCGAAUUUUGUUGAUGUGCCGAGAGAGACCCGGAACUCGAUCUUCCGGAAUCCAUCUCAAAAGAAUCUCGGCUUGAAUCCACCGCCACCCGCAAUUUGGACUCCGCCAACCACUGAGCCCUCACAAAUUGUCGUUUUUCCGAAACACCCACAACCUGUCAUUUCUUUGGCAACAGAUGAAGCUGGGCGACCGAAAAGCCCACAAAUUACUGAAUUCCUACGCUCGAUCGGCGCCACGCCGGCGAUGGCCUCACAGCUGAAAAUGCUGGCAAAAAGAUUGGGCUUCGAGAAUCUCUCGGGCGAGGAAGCGCAACGAGCGCUUGAGACAGCGAAACAACUCUUCGGUAAUCGAAUCGGAUCAUUCGAUUCACUCGAUCUCUCGAAACUUUCCACACUUCAUAAACCCCACGGCGUCAAUCCAAUCAAACCAAUCGUCGCACAAAAGGAUCCAUCUCUACCAAAAGAUCUUCUGUCUCAACUUCCAUCGCAGAGCUCGUUGAACGCGGAACUCGUAAGGAAAUUGGGCGAUGUGAUCAGUUUACCCCAAACCCAACUCGACGACUCUCGUCCAUUAACACGGAAACAUCUCGAUUUCAUCGUGCAAAACGCCUAUCACAAAAGUUUAGGGGAA